AUGGAGAAAAAGAAGGAGAAGUGUCACAUGUGCAGUGACAAGGUCUCCAAAUACAAAUGUCCAGUAUGUGCAACAAUGACAUGUAGUCUGGCAUGUGUCAAACAACACAAGGUAGAAAUGGACUGUUCCGGAAUAAUCGAUUAUACAAAGUACAUCUCAAAGAAGGAACUCAACAAUAUAAGCGUCAAUAGAGAUUACAACUUUCUCAUGAAAGUUGGAAGAGAAUUGGACAUUGUAAAGGAUGACACAAACAAAAAGGCUUAUAAUAUAAUCAAUGGGGGGAAAAGAAAUCGCCCUGGAAACCAGGAAAGAAAUAAGAGAUUAAAGGAGAACGAUAACGAAGAAGAGUUUGGUAUGAAUGCAGCCCCUUUGGUGGUCAAAAGGGAUGUUAAUGUUAGAAUGUUGCCUCCUGGUAUGUUCAGAUCAAACAGUAACAAGUCAGGAUUCGACAAGAAGAGGAGUUGUUUUACCUGGACAAUUGAAUGGAUUUUGCUAGACAACGAGGGUAAAACAAUCAAUAAAGCAACGAGCUUCAGGCUAGCAGAAAACAUUCCAUUGGGCACUUUAUUUCCAUUAAAGGCAUUUUCAAAAGAUUUGUCUACGACGGACAAUCUAAAGUUUUAUAUACGAGAUUACUCUACGAUUGAAGAAUCUAAGAAGCUGAUCGAACUUGAUUCCAAUCAAAUGUUGGGUACUUUAUUGAAAGGUAAAACGGUGAUUGAGUACCCGACAAUUUAUGCCAGCCAUUUCGAUCAAACAGAAUCCGAAGAUAGUGAUAAUGACAGCGACACCUCAAGUGAUAGCAGUACUGAUGAUUCUGAUAGCUCUGACAGUUCAAAUGAUAGUGAUAAUGAUGACCCUGCGCAGGACGAUAUAAGUGAAAAAGAUACCAGCAACAUCUCUUGUAACAAUUCAGAUCCAGAAUCUCCACCAGAAGAAUCUUCAACACAGCAACUGCAGGAUAUUCCCACCACCGAUUCUAACACAUUGACCAAAAACUGCUUGGAGGAAACUCAAAUCUGUCCACCUACUGGUCCAUAG